AUGUCUCAAGAUUCAGAGGUCCGGUCCCAGGCCUCCCUGGCUCCUGCGGCCGAGAUCCUCAUCCCAAAUCUGAAGCCAGUGCGGGACCACAAUGGGAGCUUAUCAGAUAAGAAUGGUGGCGUCUCUUCAUCGUCUGAAAUGACACCCCCUCCUUCGUCUCAGACUCGGGCACCACUUCGGCGCCGGUCGAGGUCGGGGUCCAACGUGGUUAUUCCCGCUUCUCCUCCGAAGGAGUCCUUGGAGAAAUCACUGUACGCGGCAUAUGGGGCAGCCGAAAACCUACCCACCAUCGAGGAUAUUGAUGCUGCCGAUGACGCGCAAGUUCGAAAGAUAGCUAAAGACCUGUUAGCGAUAGCGCAGGAAGCGCGCAUGUCCGCUUUGCAUUUCAAACUACAGAACAGUCUUCUGUCAUUCACAAGCAACGAAGCAAUCAAGCGCGCCGAAGUUGAGCAGCAGCUUGCUCGAAGAGAAGUUGAAAUUUUGCAGAGCUCAGAGUAUCAGAAUCGCCGUGCCAAUUCAUAUUCGCGCACUCCGCAGAUCUGCCCGACUCCAGAUUCAGAGGCUUCUUUGAAACGGGUUGCUGAACUCGAGCGUACUAAUGCUAGACUGGAAGAGAGACUAUCCAAUGCAAAAAUAUUGAUUCAAGAGAAGAUUGACGAAGGAAACAGCAAGAAUGAAUCUCUUUUAGAAGAAAACCGUCUACUCAAGAAGCGUAUCCGAGAUAAUCGCGAGCAUUUGACGAUGUUCCUUGAUGCUGGUUCUUUGUCACCCAAUUCUCGCCCUGAAUUCAGUACUCCUCAACGAAAGUCUCAACCGCGCGUAUUUGAUAGUGCGCGCACCCACGCCAGCAGUCGCGGCAGCAGUCAUGACGCCUUUGCUACUCUAUUAGCUGCUGAUCGUGUGUUGCAUGGUGACUCUACGAAUGUGUCUCCGACGAGAAACCGACAUCGGAAUGGACAUCUGGGAGGCGCUCACGUGAGGGGUGCUCAUUCAAUGUCUUCCCUGCCAGUUACGCCUCAACGUCAUACACAUGUCCAUGGUUUUCAAUAUACCACUCCCGUCAGCAGAACCCAUACAACGGUUAGGAAAGAUACUUCUGAUCCAGAGAACAACCGUCAUGACCGUGACAGCACCAUCUCAGUUUCUGACGCUGAAGAAGUCAUUACCGACGAAGAUAUCCCAGCGUCUCAGGCCAGCUCUCGCGCCACCGAUAUGCUCCGUCGUCUACCAGAAAUCAAUCAAGAGACAAACUCCCCUCAAGGCCCGUCUGCAAAUCGCAGUAACAUUGGCAAAUCAAGCACUCUCCUGCAGACAAAGAUAUUUGGUCAAGUGAAGAAAGCUGGUGUUGACCGAUCUGGUCCAGCAUCACAGAAACGAAAGGGAUCAUUUGUCGAAGAAGGUCCUGUAUUGAAGAAGCCAAAGGAAGUUGGAUUGGGUAUUAGCAGUUGGAAGAUAUCUCCUGCAUAGUCUUUGGAUUGUAUUUUUCUAGCAUGUUAUGACGAUUGACGAUGAAUUUCAAGCGAAAGGACGGAAGGAUCGGGAUUGGCAAGGUUCUUGGAUAUUGUGUUGGUCUAUUUGUUACGCGUUGGUGCUUUUGUGUUUUUGAACAGCCAGUACAUUGGUACUGUGCUCACUGCUCAUGGUUAAAAGCGAUUUGUGUUUGCAUAGCCUUGAUUGAGGCUACUUUAUGUACAAUUAUUAUUCAUAGCUAAGUUAGAGCUCAGUAACUUAGUAACUACGCCUCU